AGGGGAAAACAUUGCUUUCAAACGAUUGCUCGUAAACACAUGAGCUAAAUUGUUUGUAAAGAAAUAUAAACGAUAAACUUGUUUUGUAUACACGCACACUUGUUCCGAAGAAACAUUUGAUUCUCGUUGAUGAAAAACUCUGAAAAUUUGAAUUUUCUUCCUCGUUGUUUUGACACGUGAUUGUAGAUUUUUUCAUUCGUUUUCGUUUAUAUUUGCAAGUGUGAAAUUUUUCGCUGCAUAUUAGUAUGAACGUGGUUACGUGAAAUUGUGCUGUGCUGCGGAUAAGUAAUAUUGAAAUGAUAUAAACAGUGUCGGUGCAACAAUAAAAUCACUGCAUUCAAACGUGUUUUUAAAGUGCUGAUUCAAACGUCCCUUGUGACGUUUCUCAAUUCCUUCUCAAUAAUUUAGAAGCAGUUUCGUUCCAAGUGUCUCAUCUCGAACGUUAAGUUUCGGUGGAGCAAGAAUACAAAUUUUCGAAAUUUUGGAGUACUUUUCGGUGCCAGAACGCUAAGGCGGAAAUGAAAGAGGAGUCACGGUGAGGCAGGGCGAAAGGGUGAAGCGACUUCGCCCGAGUAACAAAAGUGGGAGUAAAGAAUAUGGUCAAGUGGUUCGGGUGUAUCGCCACGUGGGCGUCAUCCGACGUCCGAUAUCAUCGAAAUUGGAUUAUUCUUUUAUUCAUCUCCCUCGGAAUAUUUGCUACAACGGCACACGCCAUUGAUCUCUCACAAUGCAACGCUCCGUUGGGUAUGCAGUCCGGUGCAAUACCAGACGCGGACAUCACAGCGAGCUCGAGUUUCGACAGUGGCAAUGUUGGCCCUCAUCAAGCACGAUUGAAAACGGAGAACCACGGCGGUGCCUGGUGUCCGAAAGCCCAGGUGACUCCUGAAUCGCGUGACUGGCUCGAGAUCGAUCUCCAUUCCGUACACAUGAUCACCGGCACCAACACCCAAGGACGUUUCGGCAAUGGCGUUGGUGUCGAGUACGCUGAAAGCUACGUUCUCGAGUACUGGCGCCCACGUCUUGGCAAGUGGGUGCGUUACAGCGACGCUAAAGGAACGGAGGUGAUCAAGGGAAACACGAACACUUACAUCGAGUCGAUGCACAAUUUAUCGCCUCCGUUCUGGGCAAGCAAGAUAAGGUUCCUUCCUUACAGCCUCCAUCCUCGUACUGUCUGCAUGAGGGUCGAAAUUUACGGCUGCUAUUGGAGCGAUGGAGUAGUUUCCUACUCGAUGCCUCAGGGCGACAAGCGUGGCAAAGAUUGGGAAUUUUUCGACGCGACCUACGACGGCCACUGGGAGUCCGAGCUGCGCCGCGGUCUGGGUCAAUUGACCGAUGGCAAAAUUGGACCGGACAACUUCAAAACGAGCUAUUAUGACGGCGAUCGUGGGCAGGGCUGGGUCGGAUGGCGAAACGACACGAGAGGUGGACAACCGGUUGAGAUCAAGUUCGAGUUUGACCAGAUCAGGGAAUUUUCAGCCGUUCAUAUUUACUGCAACAAUCAAUUCACCCACGAUGUUCAGGUCUUCUCACAAGUCGAUAUACUAUUCAGCAUCGGAGGAAAAUAUUACACCGGUGAUCCAAUUACGUACAAUUACAUGGAAGACAAAGUAUUCGAGUCCUCCCGAAACGUCACCAUCAAACUUCAUCACAGAGUUGGCAAGUUUGUCAAACUCCGAUUACACUUUUCACUCAGAUGGAUCAUGGUCAGUGAAAUCACCUUUGAUUCUGAUGUGGCACACGGUAAUUUCACCAUUGAGGAAGCUCCGACAACGGAAGCACCUGCUCAAAGUGACGUUUUCGUCGGAAAAGAUGGAUCUUCGGAGAGCGGUGGACUUCCGGUAUCAACGGCAAAGCACGACGAUCCGACCUACAUGGCGGUCGUGAUCGGCGUACUUACUGCCGUUAUCCUGCUUCUCGCUGUCGCGAUAUUUCUCAUAGUCUCGCGACACCGUCAACGUAAGUGCUUCGCUAGUCCCAUGACGGGUAAAGCGCCUUCUCACCUUGGUUCCACCUGUGCAACUGUCGAGAAAGGAGCAGCCCUCAUGGCUUACACCCUCGAGGACGAUGAACGAUAUGCUGGCGGUUCAUUGCCAACGCUCCCACGAGAUUCCGGCAAUCGCCUACUCGACAUUGUCAACAAAUUGGACGAUUAUCAGGAACCCUAUCAAGCUCUCAAGUGUGCACCGUACUACAGUUACAGCACAGUUGUCAUGGAAAUGAAAGACGUGAUGCUGAACAACAAAGGUUCCAGCAUUAAUCAUCCGACAGCGGUUUACGCGAACGGUGCAGUUGACACAUCGUACGAUUAUGCUGUACCGGAACUCGGCACGGUGCCUCUCCUCAAUCAGGAAAGCUGUCCCGGUCCCACAUCGUCGCGGUGCGUCGCCACUGUUUCUAGCACGAGCACAAACGAUCAAGAAAGUGUUUUCUCGAAAGGUUCGUCACGGAGCAGAACGGAAGAUAAAAAGUCACCGACGCAACAGGAGGUGCUAUCGGCCCUUAAGAGACGCCUGGAGCAAACGAGUGUGCCCCUCUUCCCACGGCACCGUCUCCGCAUGUUGUCUAAACUCGCCGAGGGGGCGUUCGGAACGGUAUACGUGGCGGAAGCCGAAGGGAUUCCGGAGUAUGGUACGACGACCACCCUUGGCAAGAGACUCGUUGCCGUCAAGUUCUUACUGCCGGAAGCAACCGAAAAGGAAAAGAUGGACUUUCAACGGGACGUAAGAAUUCUGGCAGCUCUUGAAGACCGCAACAUUGCCAGAGUUCUUGGAGUUUGCUGUCGCGAGGAACCCUACUGCGUUGUAAUGGAAUACCUCGAGCACGGUGACCUCUGUCAAUUUCUCAAAACUCAUAUCACUGCCGAAGAUGCACAUUCGAUGCCGAUUGGUGUCAAAACAUUGAGCUUCAACUGCCUGAUUUACAUGGCGGCCCAGAUAGCCUCGGGGAUGCGCUACCUGGAAAACUUGAAUUUCGUACACCGUGACCUGGCCACGAGGAACUGUCUCGUGGGCAAAGCAUAUCACAUUAAAAUAUCAGAUUUUGGAACCGACAACGAGCUUUAUUCGUCGGAUUAUUACAAAGUGGACGGCAGCGUUCCUUUACCUGUGCGAUGGAUGGCGUGGGAAUCGAUAUUUUUGGGAAAAUAUACGACGAAAAGCGACGUCUGGUCGUUCGCUGUAACACUGUGGGAGAUUUUAAACCUGGGACGUCGGAUACCCUACGAAAAUUUAACGGAUGCUGACGUCGUCGAGAGCCUCCGGCAAUUGCAUCGGGGCUGCGACGCUGCGCCGAACAACGUCGAAGACUCUAAGGACGACGUACGAGUCUUAUUCGACUAUUUGCCACGACCAACGGCAUCGUCCAAGGACAUAUACGACUUGAUGCUCGAGUGCUGGCGACGCGAGGACUGCGAGAGACCAACUUUCCGUGAGAUAUCGCUCUUCCUUCAGAGAAAAAAUUUGGGAUAUGCGCCGACCUCCUGAUAUUAAGAGCUCGUUAUUCAUCAGAAAUGGGGCUCUCGCUUCACGAUCGAGUUUCGAACAGGAUUGGCGAUGCAAUUAUUGAGAAAGAACAUUUAAAAAACACGAAUUCCAAUCGCAUUUCGAUCUUGCGGAUCAACACAGAAACUGGGUCGAUUGCGAUUUGAGAGUUUGAAUUAUCGUGCGUGAACAGUACAAUGAUCUGAAAUAAUGGAAGGAUGAAAACUCGGCUGAGCUUUCACAAGUAAAAUCGAACAGUUUGGCUCGAAGAAAAAUGGCAAAAUAUUAUUUUUCACAUAAAUUUCAAAUCUAGUUUACCGAAAUGAAAUUCAACUCACAAUUAACAAAAAAAUGGUUGAGUUGAUUGUUUAAAAACAUCAAAAACAAACUCAAUCCAAGCCGUUCAAAAGUCCCAAAUUUCAUCUUCGAAAUCUCUACAAAAACACUUACAAAGCGCAGCGCGAACGCUAUUUUUCCGGUGAACAAAAAAUAUAAUGACAGUCCUUCCCAUAUCGUCCAUCGCGUAUCAUCGUCGAACAAAAUAUUCUUCUCCACCUUCGACGCGGUGCUCCACUCUUUUUAGUGCUCAAAGUGCGCAAUGCGAUAGUGCGUAUCUAUGAAGAGACACGCGACACCGACAAAUAGUUUCGUCCUCAAACCAAGACUUGCACAUAAGUUGCUAGCCAAACUCAAUUUUAGAAAGAAAAAAAAACUCAUUUUUUUAUAAAUUUAUAGUUGAAACUAUUUUCGCCGACGAAGCGUUUGACGACAAACUCAUUUUACCUGUUAAAUGAUCCAGGCCAAGCUCGUUCUAGCUCAGCUGAACUAGUUCCGAGCGCAAGAUUUUCAAGGCCAAACUAGUUUUGCCACCGAGAUAUUUUAAAGCUCGACCAGAUUGGCCUGCUGCUCGCGUUUACUCAAAACUCCAAUGUCAUUCGAUGUGUCAACUCAGGACGAACCAGUUUUGCAUACGAACAUGGAAAAAAUUAAUUUCGGGAUCGAGAUCUCCUCGAGUUUGGCCUGAAAUUGGGUUUAGCUCGUUACCUGGCGGAGGAUGUUGUUGAACGAGGCUGUUCAGUCCUCGAUCUCAUGCAGAUAUAAAUGUCAAAAUAAUGAUGUGUAUCGAAACAUGUCAAGUAGCUUAAUACCAGAAAACCCGACGAGAACAAGCCGCAAUUUCUACGAAUCAAGUAUUCGUGCUCGGAGCAACGUUGAUUAUUUCGGGAGGAAGGAGACGCCGGAAUCGGGAUCCGGAUUCCAUAGUUUUUUGCAUUACCGAGCGAAGUAUGGAGAAUCGUAAUUAAACGUAAUUGAAAACAUUCCUUGAACGCAGUGAAAAAAGCCUUCUCGGCAGAAUCAACGAAACUUUUUUUCGCGAGGAGGAAGCUCGUCGCUUCGAAUUCUGUUAUUGAUACGUUAGAUUAAAAAAUAAAAAAUGAUUAAAAUUAAAGCGAACCGUCCGUCGGAUUUGCAACGAAAUACGAAAUCGGUGAGCAUGGAGGAAGGAUUAUUAGUAAACUUAGAUUUAAAGAGGAUGGAAAACAGAAAAAAAAUAAUAAUGAAAAACGAGGAAUUUCUGCCUGAGAUUUCAAACCCGUAGUUAAUGCUACAUAAAUAAAUAAUGGCUAUGACACAUCAUAAUCAUAACUUUAUAUAAUAGGCGGGAUCAAUAAAAAUAAAUUUCAAAUCGAACGAAAAUUAAUAUAUUUAUUGUAAAUAUUCGCGUAGAGUUGGUCGGGAGCGUUAUUCAUUGUGAAACAACGAAGCUUAUGACAUUUUAUAGUUAUUUUCUCGCCCAAAUUUCAAUUCUCGUACAACAAAAUCCAAUCGUUAAUUCUGCUCACUGUUCGAACACGAUCGGAAGCGAAUUAUAACGAUAAAAAGAGGAAUUCUUCGCGCUGCAUAUCAAUAUUGAAACAGUACUUAGGAUAAAAAAUGAUUUUUCGUCGAAAAUAUCACGGUAUAAAAGUCGGUCGAAUUGGGGGGAGAGUUUCAUCAAAGGAUCGAUAUUCGUUGCUCUCAAAUCGACGAGAACUUACGAAUUUUCUUUGUUCCCUGCUCUCAAUUGGAUCAAUUAAUUUCUGAACUUUCUCGAAGAUUCUCUCGCUCCAUUUUCAUUUGCCAGCACUUAAGAAAAUUGUAAAUAAUGAUGUUCAAUAAUCGUUGCAUUUUACGAGCUCGUACUGCUUAGAAGGAAUCAUUUAGAGGGUAGAAAGCAGGAGGAACGUUAAGAAUACUCAUUUUAAUUAAAAUCCUGACAUAUCGAAGGAAAUUGAUUUCGACGAGAAAUAUAUACGAUGGAAUUGUCUCGUGCAAAUUCGUGCGAUUUUCGAACGAUGUGAAAACUCAUAUUUUUCAUCGUCUUUAUGAAAACAACAUUAUUAUCAUGGCAUUUUUGUUGAGCUGCUUUUGCAGUUAACUCGCUGGUUGGUAAGGGUCUCUCGAUGUAUUUCGAACGAGUUUAAAAACGUACACACAUCAUAGCACACACCAUAUCUAACACUAGACAAUGUUACCUUUACGAUAUUUAAAACAAAGUACUAUUUAUAUAACUGGCCGUAACGAGUGUGAACAGAAGAAGAAGAAGGCGCGAGGAUGAGGGCAAAUAAAGAGGAAAUUCACUGAAUUUUCAUCGACGAGAGCGUAGGUAGUUUGAGAGAAAAUAAUAAAUUGCUCUACGACGUAUUUUUAAGUGUAAGCAUAACGCUGCCUUUGGCUACAUUUUCAUCCUCGAUCCCCCCUCCUCCCUCUCCAUCGGUUUGUCUCCUCGAUCACGAUCCUUAUAACCGCUAACGAGAGUAACUCACUUGUCUACUCAUGUGAUAAUUUGUAAAUGUCCAUGUACCUAAUCCCAAUUUCGUAAUCGUGGAUAUUCUCAUCUCACAACGAAUCAUUUCGAAUAAUGGUGCACAUUUUAUUCUCAAAUUUUUCCUAUUUUGAGAAUAGCAAAAGUUAUAAAAUCAUCGUCGUCAAUUCUGUAGACAUAGAAAUUCAAGUAUCGUUCAAUUCUUUCGAGAUUAAAGACUUACGAGGUGGUUUAUUAGUGCGAAAAUCUCAGCGAAACGAACCCACUUAUUUCGUGGCGAAAACAAAAAAAUCUUUCGAACAUUCAUAUUGUUAAGGAUAAAUCGUUGGAUCCUCGAAAAAUAAUUGCACGAGCAAUUAUGUCGACGUGAAAGAAAGGAAAAUUGAUGAGAGUGGAUUUUCUUUUGCCAUUCCCUAAUCGUGGCGUUGUUGCGUACACGAGCCAGAACGGUCACGGUACAAAGGGAAUCCUCCAUCAACGAACGACUCUGAAUCAGUAUUUGAUUUUCACCAAUCAUUGUCAUAGUUAAACGAAAUUGUUUCACGGUGAAACAAGGCAGGAGAAUAAUCGAGCUGCGACUAUCGAAGAAGCUCGUAGCGAUUCGACUAGAUUAAGAAUCAUUUUGUGCUUGCUUUGCUGAGUGUUGUUUUCGAGAAUCGGCAAGUGAAUACGAUACAAGCAGAAGCGAUAAAACUUAUUGAAAUUCGCACCGCGAUCGGUGAGCUCUACAUAGGUCCUUCCAAAAGUACGAAACGAUUAGAAAAACGCUCGAGUUUGUUAGUUCAAAGCCACAUGAUCGACAAUCACGCUCACGCCUUGAGACUGAACGAAUUUCUCGUCAUUCAUUUUCUUUCUUACUUUCGUUCAAAAUUGAGAGACCAGCGGUGACGUUGAUGAAACCAAAUUAUUAAAACACUAAGCGCGUGAGGUCACUCAGCGAUCGAUGAGCAUUUUUUUUACCUUUUCCAACGCGUCAUUUCACACACGUUUUCAUCGUGCUACCAUUUCAAAUCGAUUUAAAAAAAAAAAAAAAAAAACAAAAUCGUGUGAAAUCGUAAAUUUUCCAAAAUUUAAAUUUUCGUCCCAAAAAUUGAAAUGUUCGUAAGCAUUUGUCAACGAAUGUAAAGUUCGUUUUAUUAUUGAAAGAAAAGGAAGAAUAAUAAAAAAGGGAAAAACAAGUGGAAUUGUAAAAGGCACAGUUGACUGCCAAAGACUCGUAGCGGAGCUCACCCAGCUAAUAUAAUAUUAUCUUCUCUACGCUAUUAUAAUACCUUGUCGUUAUAUUCACAGAAUUAUUUUAUACUAAGAACUGUUUAUAAUUUUGUAUCUCAUCUCUGUAAAUAGCAAGCGAAUAAUAUAAACGUGUUUUACGAGUAUAAGAACAAAUGAUUGAUUAUUAAAAUUACACGUCAUUGAUCAAUCCGCUCUCAAGGGAGAGGAUCACAUAGAUAUAAAUAUGAAUAUAAAUAAAUAAAUAAAUAAAUAAAUAUAUAUAUAUAUAUAUAUGAAUAAAAAUAUAUUUUAAUCGCUAGUGACAAGAACAAAACGAUAGAUGUGUAAUUGGACGAUGUAAUUACGAAAUUUGGUUAUAUAGAAACGUAAUGAAUAAUAACGAUGUACAACGAGAUAGAAAAUAAUUAAAAAUAUGUAUGAUAAUAAACACACGACUAGAAUUAAAGGGACAAAUCAUGAAGUAUACAUGUUACACGAUCGGUAGCCUGUACAUAAUUAUUCUCGGAUAGUUUUGAAAGCUAGUCAUUUGGAGCGUCGUCACGAAACAGGUGUAUAAAUAUUUCCGGUUAUUGUGUACGUAUUCGAUCGGAAAAUUGAGUUUUACAUGGGAGAGCAAAUUUAUAGUUUUUGGGGAUUUAUUCGGAGCUCGAAAUUACGAUGAAUGUUACUUUACAGUGCGUAACGGACGAUGAAAUUUAAAUUUAAAAAAAAAAAUGAGAAAAAUAAAAGAACAAACGAAGCAAUAAAAAGCGAACGAAACGAAUAAUAAAAAUGUAGGAAGCUCGAGAAUUUUGUGAUAAUUAUUAAGUUCGAAUGAUCUUUCGGUAUUCCGCUAAUUCAUUACAGGAUUAUGCAUAUUUUCUUUUCAAUACCUCAAUCAUUUACCUUUUUCAUUAUACUGUUACAUGUGUCUGUAUACUUGUAUCGUUAUGCAGAAAAAAAAAUGAAAAAGGGUUCGUAGUUGUAGCGAUAUUAUAUUGUAACGUAUGAAUGCGCGUUACCUACACUUAUCGUGUAAACUUCGUAGGAUACUAUAGCUAUGUAAUGUAUUGUAAUUGCAAUAAUUAUAAAAGAGUAAUAAAACACACGCUCAAACUGACAA